UGUGCACGACCCACUUUUCCAUCAAGCGCUCAGAACACAGCUCAUAGUCUUGCUUGGCCUCAGUGCGUGUUUGUCACGAGUUCCGUCCGAAAACGUUGUUAUUCUACGUUUUCGGUUGCUUUCGCAGUCACGACGCAACAGUACAUCGAUGUGAACAUGUCGAGAUGGAUUUUGUGAGGUUGUUCGGCGCCCUGAUCGCCUUCUUCUUCCACAAUGGGUGCGCUUCGAAAAUCAAUGGCCAAAGGAUCUGCCGGCGGGGAACAGAACGACCAUGCUACAAGGUGUCCUACUUCCAGGACAGCAGACGCAGGCUGACCUUCCAAGACGCCAGGCAGGCCUGCAGGGUGGAUGGAGGCGAGCUGCUAAGCAUCGAAACAGAAAGCGAGCAGCGACUGAUUGAAAGGUUCAUACAGCAGCUCCACGCAGCCGAUGGAGAUUUCUGGAUUGGCCUUCGCCGCAGCCCUCAGCGCUUUAGAGCUGGAAGUGCCAACCCUGGAUGCCCCUCCCAGUACUUCUGGCUGGACGGGAGUAAAGCCAAGUUCAGGAACUGGCACUGGGAUGAGCCUUCCUGCGGUGGGGAAAUGUGUGCGGUUCUUUACUACCAGCCCUCUGCACCACCUGAUGAGGAAGGUCACUUCCUGUUUCAUUGGAAUGACGAUAACUGCAACACCAAGAACAACUACGUCUGCAAAUAUCCUAAAGAAAAGGCACCAGUAUUUACAGAGGCAGGGAGAGGGAAUACGCCACGUGCAGUUCCAACUGUGAUGCCAAAUCUAUUCUUCACAACAUCAAGUGGCAAGACGAUUAAAGUAGGAAUGUCUGAGUCAUCAGUGUCAUUUUCUGACAAUACCCUAUACGUUCACUACAUCCUGUAUGCAACCAUUCCUGCUCUCCUGCUGCUACUGCUUGCAGUUUCUGUCUUCUUCUGCUACAAACAAGCUAAACGAAGGAAGUCAGACAACAAAGCCUCCACUGGCCAAGCUAAACCAUGGAUGCCUACAGAAGCUUUAUCCUGCCCUAUUCAAGGACCCUAUGCUUUCAGUGACAUCACCAAACUUUCCUACUUAAGCCCGGACAGCACCCUACCAGUAGAUUUCAAAACAAAGUACCCCUAUGCUUCUUCCAAGGAGCCACAGUGGAAUGAUUACGAGAACGUAUUAUUGACGGAGAGGGAGAGUGGCUUUGUGAGUAAUGACAUUUACGAAACCAGCGGGGCUCAGAGUGGACACUGUCGCCCUAAACCAGGCUGGGUUGAAAAUGAGAUUUAUGGGUAGCACUUUUCAUUAUUAUGUAGCUUACCUUUUGCCAACUAAGCACCUGGCCAGGCAUGCCACACACUAUACCUAUCCCACAACUGGUGCAGGAUACCUAAACAUGUGGGCGCUACUGGAAAGUGUAAAUGCUUUUUGCAUCUACUGCUAUGUCCUACAGUGGAACUCAUGAGACACUUUUAAGAUACACUCCUUGGACAGAAGUAUUGCAACCCAAGUAUCGAACAAUUAAUUUGCUGUCCCUGUAAAUUAUUUCAACCUACCACAUUUCCAAAAGAAAAUGUUCAAAUUUCAAAUAACAUUUGAAAGAAAAUGUGUUUGUAAACCAAUUUAUUAGUGAAAACGUAUUCCUCCUGAAUUGGUGAAUUUUUGUUCCUCCAAACUAGUUUCAGACAGGCUAAAACUCUCUUGAAACUCAAGUCAUCAUUCGCAAGUAAAUGCAAAAUAUCAACCAAGAAAGGGCUUGUAAAUCAAAAUAGCACUAUAUGAUCUUUUAAAAAAAAAUCCUCCAAAAUAAUCUGCUAUUCAUCAACCCUGACCUGGGGGCCAAUAAUGUCUGGAAUGAGUGAGGCAUCUUAUGCAAUGACAGAUGUUUUUACUUUAUUCAUUUUACUUCUAGUGGUUUACUUUGUCCCUUCUUAUCUGUCAUUUCUGUGUUAUAUAACUACAGGUUUGAUUUCAAAGAAGACGUGAUUAACCCAAAUAUUCUGCCUUGUCAGCUUGCCUGCAAAUGCACCGCUUCUGUAUUUGGUUAAAUAUGUUUUAAUGCAAAGGCUGUAUUCAUUAAAUAAAACAAUU